AUGGAGCUGAGACCCGCCGCCAGCCAGAAGGAGAAUGUGUCCCCCCGGCCUGGGACCCCCCGGAGGCCAGAGCAAUGGAGACAUCCAAAGAGCCUGGGUGUUGUCCUGGGUAGUGGACGUGGCCCGUGGGUGCCCAGGGGCCCGGCUGAGAGAGGAGAGCCUGCCACCACCCCCUCGCCGAGGGCAGCCCUUCGCCAGGAGCCCUGCCACGUCCAGACCAACCUGGCCAGCCCUAGGCCCCGCCUGGGCCCUGCCCUGAAGGACACGACCGGCCGGCUGGUCAACUCAAGGUUCCAGCAGCAGAGCAACCUCCAGCCGCUGGGAGCCCUCCCCCUGUGGGGGGUGCGGGUGUCCGCCGUCCAGCAGAGCAACCUGAGCGCCCGGGAGGCCGCCCCGGCCGGGUGUGGGAGUCUCCGCAGCCCCCACCCCGGGUCGGAGCCCCAGGAAAGCUUCUGGCCUCACCGAGUGCCCCGGGGAGGCCCCCAGCCCCCAGGGCCACAGGCUCAACCACCCUCCAUCCUGAAGCCGUCCUGGCUUCUGGCCACAGACGUGCCCUGCCCACGCUUCAGGCCCACCCUGCGCUGUGCCCCCACUGACGGGCACACACGGCCAGGCCCCACAUCCUGGGGUGGCCUGGGCACCUGGACCUCCAGGUUCACGGGGGAGCCCCUCACCCUGGACGACCUGGCUGUCCCCACCAAGAGCCCGGCUCGGGCCCCACCCCAGGCUGCCACCUUCCGGCUGGAGCCCUGGACCAGCGGUGGCCAGGCCCGCCCUGCUGGCCCCCAGCCUGUUCUCGCUCUCUGUGACCAGAGAAAAAUACUCCCCCGAGAUCUCAGGGGAGCCGGGGGUCCCCCAGAGACCCCGGGGAUCCAGGCUGGGCUCCCCGGCUUUCAGGCCUUCAGCCAGCCCGCGUCCCCACCGCAGACCGCUUUGGAGGUGCUGGCUGGGGGCUUCCUUGACCCCGUGCAGGGGGUCCUCCCUGCCUACCCCCCAAGGCGAGGAAAGAGGCCUGCUUGCAGCAGGGGACAGACGGGGGACCCUCUGCUCCCUCAAGAGAACAAAGCUGGAAAUCCUGUGAACCUGGAGUCGGAGAGGGCGGAGAGGGCCCGCCGGCAGCUGCUGUCCAGAUGGUUCGGGGCGUGGCAGCGCCUGGUGCGGAGGCGGCAGGCGGUGGCCCUGGGCGGCUGGCGGCUGCUGCCCGGGGGUCCGCAGGCUCCGCGCUGGGCACUGCGACUCCGGAAGGCCCGCCUGGAGGUGGCGUGCGGCUGCCGCAGGAGCGCCCUGCUGGCCCAGAGCUUCCAAAAGUGGAGAAACCUGGCUCGGCAGCAGACACAAGGGCAACCCCACAUCCAGGCUGGCCCAGGGUCCCCACCCUCUGGGGGAGGCCAGCCCCCAGGUCCCUCGGGAAGGAAGCCGGUGGUGGACCCCACCCAGAGAAGCAGUCUUCCUCCAGGAGGAGGAGGCCAGGGAGAGGCCUCUAGGGCCGCGCUGAGGACUCAGAGCACGGGGAGGUGCCCCGAGGCCCAGUGCUCUCCUGCCGCAGAUACAGCCUGGGCGCCCCCCUCGGUCCCCCCGCAUCAGAGAGCCUGGCUCCGCAGGUGCUUCGGGGCCUGGCUGCAGGCGGAGGGAAGACGGGCCCAGCACCAGGAGCCCCUGGCUGACCGGGAGCCUCUGGCUGACCGCCAGCUGGGAGCCCUGCAGACGUGCCUGAACCGGUGGGUGCGGGUGGAACAGCUCCGGGCUUCGGAAGGGGCCAAGGGGACUCAGCGGUCCCUCUGCCGGCGAAAGGUGGGUGAGCAAGGAGACCGAGGGCUCCUUCCUCUUCCCUCCACCCGUCACCUAAGGCCGUGGUCAGCAAACUGUGGCUCUUAAGCCCCUUGAGAGUGUGGCUCUUCCACAAAAUACCCCGGCCUGGGCGAGCCUGUUUUGAAGAAGUGGCAUUAGAAAAAGUUUAUGUUUUAAAAAUGUGGCUCUCAGAAGAAGUUUCAGUCAUUGUACUGUUGUAUUUGGCUCUGAGUUUGCCGACUGCGGACUUGAGGCCCUCCCGCAGGGGCGCGGGGGGAGUUGACAUGUGGAUUGAUGAGAUGGGAGGUGCGGGGAUUGGGCUGUGUCUCAGGGUGCAGCCUGGUGGCCCCGGGAGCGGCUGCGCCCCCCUAGCGGGACCUUGUUCUCGUCGGGAGCUCCCCUAAGCCAGAGACUUCCUUCGUCUUCCACCAGGAGGGGAGGUGGCCCUGCUGCCGGGAAGCGCCUGUGGGAACGUGGACCUGGGCAGCUCAGCCCCUGGAGGGGCCGUAUCCCAUGGCCUGAGGAGGGUGGCUCAGGCCGAGGGGCCGCCCCGGGAUCGAGGCCAGGGCUCCCGGCAGACAGCCUGCCCUCGAAGGGUCCUCCGAGGGGCACUGCUGCUCUGAGGGCGAGGCUCUCCCAGCGCCUGCGGGCCGAGUAGGUG